GUAAUUGGUCUCCUGUUGUUGCUCCCUGCGGACUCUCAGCACGUGGCGGCGCCCCCUUGUGGUGGCCAGGAGAAACGCCAGGGAUGGAGGGAUGGUGGAGAGGGAGGAGAGGAGGUGGAGGGGGGGCUGCGUUUAAAAGCUCCGACUGAGGAGGAGCUGCCCACAGAACCAAGGAGCCUUGAAAAGUUUACAUCCAACUGUCAGUUGAAGGAGGAAGAAUACAAAAAAAGAGAAGAGAUGGCAACUCAGGCCCAGCAGCCGCCACACCUGCACCUGGCUGAGCUCACCGCAGCGCAGUUCAUCGACAUCUGGAGACACUUCGACGCAGACGGAAAUGGUUACAUCGAAGGGAAGGAGCUGGAGAACUUCUUCAAAGAGCUGGAGUCUGCGAGACGAGGACCAGGCGUGGAUCCUUCAAAUGCUGCGUUCAAAGAACAGAUGAAGGAGUUCAUGGCCAAUUUUGACAAGAAUGCUGAUGGGAGGAUUGAAAUGUCCGAGCUGGCUCAGAUUCUGCCCACGGAGGAAAACUUCCUGCUCUGCUUCAGAGAGUUUGUGGGAUCCAGCACUCAAUUCAUGGCUGCCUGGAGGAGGUAUGACACCGACCGCAGUGGAUACAUCGAAUCAAACGAGCUGAAGGGUUUCCUGUCAGACCUGCUGAAGAAGGCCAACAGAAGCUACGACGACAAGAAGCUCAAGGAGUACACGCAGACAAUCCUAAGGAUGUUUGAUCUGAAUGGCGAUGGUAAGCUGGGCCUCUCUGAGAUGGCAAGGCUCUUGCCGGUGCAGGAAAAUUUCCUGCUGAAGUUCCAGGGCAUCAGGCUCACGGUUAAAGAAUUUGACUCCCUCUUCGCCUUCUAUGACAAGGACGGUAAUGGAUAUAUCGACGAGCAGGAGCUGGAUGCUCUGCUGAAGGACCUCUGUGACAAGAACAAAAUGGACGUGGGGUCAACAGGAAUCGGCGGGUACAAGAAGAGCAUCAUGGCUCUGUCCGACGGAGGGAAGCUGUACCGUGCCGAGCUGGAGAUCGUCCUCUGUAGGGACUCUGAGCUGUGACCUCCCUGCCUAGGAACCUGCUGCCCCCCCUCCACCACCCCUCAUCAUCGCCUCCUCCUUCCUACCUCCUGAUGUAACCUGGUGCAUGUGUGACCUCUAACCUCGCUUCACCACUUAGAGUGCUCCUGAAAGCACAAAGUGUUCUGCUGACUCUGCUGUUUUAGCUUUGUACCCCUCUGAGUUGUUUCUUGAUUUUACCUUUACAUGCAUAGUGAGAUAGCCAUAGAGGAAUAUACUGUGUAUUUAUUUAUUUAUUUGACUUGUUUUGAAUAUGUAUUUGUAUUUUUGCAUACGUGUCAUAUAUAUAUCUUCCUCUCCCGCCCAAUUUAAAAUGGAAACUUUUGUUCAGUAGUAUUUAUUUGAUUUAUUUCUAUUAAAUUUAACAUGGACUUAAUUAGUUUGAUGAGGCUUGAACUGCUCUAUUAAAGAUAUUACUGACAGAUAAAUAAAUAUACCAUGACAA